CACACACACACAUUUAGCUGGUGGACGAAACAAGCAAGUAAACGACAGAGAGUAGACGGUGAGACAGACAGGUUUGUGGAGGUUCCUCCCUCCAACAUGUAUGCUGUCCAACAGGUUUGUGAUGUGACGGGUUUCUAGGAAACAACCCAGCCCUCAGUAGCCUGACGGUAAAGAAGUUAAUUUUGGAGUAAGAUUGGGACAUGCAUGUUUCUGAAAAUCUAAAAGAAGACGUUUGGUUUUGCUCCUGGAAAGCGUUGACAGGCUGGGACGAGUGCGUGUUGGAGGCUCAUCCUCUUCACGCUCAGGGUUCUGGCCAGAAGCGUCGCAUUCAUUCCCGCAGAGGCUCUUCCUUGUCAUUGUCCUUGUAGUUUGGGCUUCAAUGGCAGCCUUGUCAGCAGUGUGGAUCCCUGUGCUGUCCCUGCUGCAGCUGGCUCACGGCUCUGUCUUCUCCAGACCUCCUCCAGUGCUGGUAGACCAGCAGUCAGCGACCUCCUUCCUGUCCCGCUCGCUGCUCUGGAACAACUGGGACUUUGAGGUCGUGGUGACUGACGAUCUAGAGAGGGAGUGCAUUGAAGAGAGGUGCAGCUAUGAGGAGGCCAGAGAGGUGUACGAGGACGACAUCAACCAGCUGGAUAUAUUUUGGAACAACUAUGGGAACACUAACGCUGCACCCAAAGUGGAUGUGUCAGGGCUGGUGGCAGGGAUCGUGGCUGUCCUAGUGUCUGCUGCUAUUGCCACUGUGCUGGGAAUCUACUGCUACAAAAACAAGAACAAAGGUGGACCGAGGUCAGCCCACGUUCCGGUGAGGAUGGCAGCAGAUGGGCAUCCAGCCCCAGAGACGGUGCCCCUGGCUGGGAUCCUCAUCCCUCCAGCUCUACCCAGCUACAAUGAGGCUCUGCACCACAGUGGGCAACACGAUGCCCCACCACCACCUUAUUCAGGGGGGGCGCCAUCAGAGCCUGCUGAUCCCGGAGACGAGGCAUGAGAGGGCUGGCAGAGCCUCCUCAUUAUAGCUGAUGGGCACUGAUGGUUUGAAUGAACUUUUGAAGAUAGCCUGUUUUUUUUUUUACGGUAUUUAUAAGUGAAGUUAAGACACAAUCUUAGAAUGGAGUCUACUGACAGCAUGAUCUGCAUAAUGGCUGGCCAGUAGUCUGUCCACUACACAUGUGAUGCUUUAAAGCGGUACAGCUGAGGGUGUGGUUCAUUUUUGUGGUUGCACUGUAGCUACAUUAAACUGUGUUGGGGUUUUUUUUUAGCAAAAGACAAUCUAUUCAUGGACACUAUAGAGUCUUCAACAAAACACAAACAUGUUUAAUUUAAUAAAUUACAAACACAUGC